CGCCCUCCGAAGCCACUUGACCUUAUACCACUACGCUGGCCCCUUUGCUCCUUUUCUCUACAUGCCAUUCUUGGCUAGAAUCCCAUGGAGACACUCAUCAAGGGCAUUCUUGCCCAACCGACAAUCCCACCUCAGGUCAAAAACGCUGCUAUUAUAAAACUUCUGUCAGGCACAGCUUCACUUUCGGAGGCUGACGCCUCGAUAUUACUUGAUUUCGCGAUGGAGUUAAGGACAACAUCUCGCAACCUCCUUGGGAUUCAAACAGGAGAUCGGGUCCUCACUGCUGUCAGUGUCACGCACCGUGAUCUCUUCUGGGCUCGGUUCAGUGCAGACUGGCUGGAAAGCCUGACUUCAGGAACAGUAACUAGUCAGGAUUAUCUCAGAGAUGUCUCGUUCAUAACAUCCAUCAUGAAGCGGAAAUUGGCCACGACCUUGAAUGAAGACGAUAAACUGGAUCUAGAAAAAGAGAUGGCUAUAUUACGGAGCUUUGCUGAAAAGAAAUGUAUUGAUGCUACACCACGACUUGACUAUCCUGUCCAGGUAUACAUUUUCGGUCCUACAUCCUUCAGCGAACAUGAAGUGAUCAUAAAUGUACAUGCUAAUGCAUUCAAGGUUGUUAGUCUGCAUUUAUUGCCAUGUUUGUAGCCCUGCCCUCUACGCGACCAUUGACGACAAGCAAAUACAUUGAGGUAGUUCACUAAAAAGAUAUAGUAUCAUUAGCAACAUCAUAAUGAAAGAAUUGAAGGAAAGAAAUCCUCCA